UCCAAGCGAAAUUGUCCCCUGUCUCCGGAGAGGUCCAGCGAGUGGCCACGGCCACCUGGGGCCGGGGUGCGCUGGCGACCCCCGCUGGGCGCGGCCUGGCAGGACCCGCCGGCCAGCGAUCACCGUCGUGGGCGGAGGAGGCGAGGCCUGGGGCGAGCGCCGGGCUCCCACCGCCCUCUCCCCGGCGCGCAGUCCAGAAAAGGGCCCGCGGGAGGAAGCGAGAGUCCCGCCCACCGCGCCCCUCCCUCGGCCGCGGGCCAGGCGAGCGCCGCGGGGCGGUGGAGCGCGGCCGGCCGGCGGACACGCGAUGCGGGCGGUGCGAGCGCUGCGGCUGGCCCGGCCGCUCUGGGCCGCCGUGCUGGCGCUGGGGGCGCUGGCGGCCGGAGAGCCCAACAUCUGUGCUACACGAGGUGUGAGCUCUUGUCAGCAGUGUCUGGCUGUGAGUCCGAUGUGUGCCUGGUGUUCAGAUAAGAACCUGCCUCUGAGCUCACCCCGCUGUAACCUGAAGGAAAAUCUGCUGGCGGAUAACUGUGCUGUGGAAUCCAUUGAAUUCCCGGUCAGCGAGGUCCAAAUCUUGGAAGCCAGACCCCUCAGCGACAAGGGCUCUGGAGACAGCUCUCAAAUCACUCAAGUCAGUCCCCAGAGAAUUGCUCUCCGGUUACGGCCAGAUGAUUCCAAGAAGUUCUCUAUCCAAGUGCGGCAGGUGGAGGAUUACCCUGUAGACAUCUACUACUUGAUGGACCUGUCUUACUCCAUGAAGGAUGAUCUGAGGAGCAUCCAGAAUCUGGGCACCAAGCUGGCCUCCGAGAUGCGCAAGCUCACCAGUAACCUGAGGAUUGGCUUUGGAGCCUUUGUGGACAAGCCUGUGUCCCCGUACAUGUACAUCUCCCCACCAGAAGCCCUCACAAACCCCUGCUAUCAUUUGAAGACCCGCUGUUUGCCUAUGUUCGGCUACAAGCAUGUGCUGACACUGACUGACCAGAUGAACCGCUUCAAUGAGGAAGUAAAGAAACAGAGUGUAUCACGGAACCGGGAUGCCCCAGAAGGUGGCUUUGAUGCCAUCAUGCAGGCCACAGUCUGUGAUGAGAAAAUUGGCUGGAGGAAUGAUGCAUCACACUUGCUGGUGUUUACGACUGAUGCCAAGACCCACAUAGCACUGGAUGGCAGGCUGGCAGGCAUUGUUCAGCCGAAUGAUGGGCAGUGUCACAUUGGCAGUGACAAUCAUUAUUCUGCCUCCACUACCAUGGAUUAUCCCUCUCUGGGGCUGAUGACUGAGAAGCUAUCUCAGAACAACAUCAAUCUGAUCUUUGCAGUGACUGAAAAUGUAGUCAGACUCUACCAGAACUAUAGUGAGCUCAUCCCAGGGACCACAGUGGGGGUUCUGUCUGCCGAUUCCAGCAAUGUCCUCCAGCUCAUUGUUAAUGCUUACGGGAAAAUCCGUUCGAAAGUAGAGCUAGAGGUCCGUGACCUCCCUGAAGAACUGUCGCUGUCCUUCAAUGCCACUUGCCUCAACAAUGAAGUCAUCCCGGGCCUCAAGUCUUGUGUGGGGCUCAAGAUUGGAGACACGGUGAGCUUCAGCAUUGAGGCCAAGGUGCGCGGCUGCCCCCAGGAGAAGGAGAAGUCCUUCACCAUCAAGCCUGUGGGCUUCAAGGACAGCCUCACCAUCCAGGUCACUUUCGACUGCGACUGCACUUGCCAGGCCUAUGCUGAGCCUUUCAGCCACCGCUGCAACAACGGCAACGGGACCUUCGAGUGUGGGGUGUGCCUCUGUGGGCCCGGUUGGCUGGGGUCCCAGUGCGAGUGCUCUGAGGAGGACUAUCGGCCUUCUCAGCAGGACGAGUGCAGCCCUAAGGAGGGCCAGCCCGUUUGUAGUCAGCGGGGCGAGUGCCUCUGUGGCCAGUGCCUCUGCCACAGCAGUGACUUUGGCAAGAUCACGGGCAAGUACUGUGAGUGUGAUGACUUCUCCUGUGUUCGCUACAAAGGGGAGAUGUGCUCAGGCCAUGGCCAGUGCAGCUGUGGGGAUUGCCUGUGUGAUUCUGACUGGACUGGCUACUACUGUAACUGUACCACACGCACUGACACCUGCAUGUCCAGCAACGGGCUGUUGUGCAGCGGCCGGGGCAAGUGUGAAUGUGGCAGUUGUGUCUGCAUCCAGCCGGGAUCUUAUGGGGACACCUGUGAGAAAUGUCCCACCUGCCCGGACGCCUGCACCUUUAAGAAGGAGUGCGUGGAGUGUAAGAAGUUUGACCGAGGAGUCCUAUUCGAGGACAAGACCUGCAACCGUUACUGCCGUGAUGAGAUUGUGCCUGUGAAAGAGCUCAAGGACUCUGGAAAAGAUGCAGUGAAUUGUACCUAUAAAAAUGAGGAAGACUGUGUUGUCAGAUUCCAGUACUAUGAAGACUCCAGUGGGAAGUCCAUCCUGUAUGUGAUAGAAGAACCAGAGUGUCCUAAGGGCCCUGACAUCCUGGUGGUCCUGAUGUCAGUGAUGGGGGCCAUUCUGCUCAUUGGUCUUGCUACUCUGCUCAUCUGGAAGCUCCUCAUCACCAUCCACGAUCGGAAAGAGUUUGCCAAGUUUGAGGAAGAACGAGCCAGAGCAAAAUGGGACACAGCCAACAACCCACUCUAUAAAGAGGCCACAUCCACCUUCACCAAUAUCACCUACCGGGGCACUUAACAGCAAGAAGUCAUCCUCAGAUCAUUAGCAGACUAUGCCACGACAGUGGGCGUCUGUGCCAUUGUGUUUACAGAGGACAGUGUUUGCGGGUGGGAUUUGGGACCUGGAGUGGGGUGGGCUGGGAGAAUAUCAGUGUGUGAAAGUGUGAGGCUCUGUGCUUGCGUGUGUAUGUGUGUGUUGCAUGUGGGGAAAUGUGUAAUUUAAAACUGGUACUGUCUCCCCAAGCAGAGCUCAGUCUGCUUUUGUCUUCAGAAUGCCUUUGUCCUCAGGAUGCCCCCACAGGGAUUUUUCUGCUCAGCUUGAGGGCAAUCUAUGGAGCUGAGCAGGUGUUUAUUACCUCAGUGAGAGAUCAGCUUUCCCUGCCAGGUCAUUGUCCCUGAAGAAUAGGACAGGGCGGAGGUCUCUACUUCCAGAGGAAGGUACAGUAACCCUGGGCUCCAUCCUGUGUUUGUAAGUUUAUGGUUUUUGGGUCCAACUCUUACCAUCGAUGGUAGGAAUUACUGGAGUCGCAGCCCAGUUGAUUCUGUCUCCUUUCCCUUCCCUUAUGCUGAAGGGUGAGUCAGGGAAGAGCUGAACUCUCAGAGCUGCCUGUGCCUUUUGCUAUUGCUUCAGUCUAGCUGUGGUUCUUUAAUAAAGGGAGUCUUUAAUACCUAAUUCUUUGAUCUUUUGAGAGUGAGGUUCGCAGGGCUGCUCAGGGGUCAUGCAUGGCCUGGGCCUGUGUUAGUAUCCUCUAGUUCAUACUUCCUCAGAUUUGCCUCAUUUGGCAGCUGUCUUCUGGAGGUUUCUAGAAGUGUCAGCCUUAGAUUAGCACCAUCUUUUUACUGCCUCCUUCCACAUCCUCACUGUUGCAGAUAUUUGCUGCAUAUGGGAAUUCUUCUCAUGUCCAGAUGCUGUUCCUCCAAUGGAGAGUGCUAUGGUUAGAGCCAGAGGUCUGACUCUCCACUACAGACCUUCUAUGCCUUGUCCCAGACAUCUCUGCAGCCUAACUCUGGGCCUCUGUGUGCUACGUCCUUCCAUGAGGGUGGUUGCAUUUACCUACCUCUUGGGUGUUUUGUGGAGAAGUCAUUCGCAUGAGUUUGCUGAACAUAAAGGCCAGGAUGGAAUUAGGGCAAUUAUAUCAGCAUGAAUGAUUUGUUUUUCUAUGGGCUGGAUAACCUCAUUUUAACAAGUCUUUAAUCUGAGAGGUCACAAAUGCAAUUUGACUUUAUUUCUCUCACUGGGGUACCUGAAAUCAUGAUGAGGUUUUCUUGAUCUAAUGGAACAUGUAUAUAAACAUUCUUGUAUUAUAUUUGUAAUUUUAUUUGAUGACAAAGAAAGCCUUAAAAAACCCACACAGACUUGGAUGGGAGCCAAACACUCCUACUGAGCAUUAUUGGUGGCAAGUUGCUGCCCAACUGCUGGGUCUGUAAGAGGCUGUUUCUUCCUAGAAAUCCAUGGGGAUGGACAUAUGGAUAUGCUGGACUUUCCUGAGGAGGACGGUUUUUUUGUUGGCCUGGCAAGAGCAGUUGCUCUAUUGGUACUGACUUUUAGCGAACAUUAAAGACCGAGCCCCACUGCCCAAGGAAAAGAAAAAGGCCUAUAAGCAGUGGCCUGUUGACUGGAAAUCUGAGUUCUAGACUUAAUGCUGCAGCUUCAAGAAUGUUUACCAUUAAUUAGUAAGUGUUACUUACAACAUUGCGUACUUGCUUUUCCUCAGGACUCGGUUUUCUAGUUUGAAAAAUGAUGGGUUUGCACCAGUCAGACCAGUUCUUUCACUGUCAACAUUCUAAGAUGCUGGGGUUCACUGUGCCAUGAAACAUGCAUUCAAGAUCCUGUGAUGGUUGGGCCUGGGAAGCUCAGUAGUAGAGUGCAUACAAAUCUAAGGUCCUGGGUUUGAUCUCCAGCACUGACAAGAAAAGGUUCUGUGGGAUAGUACUAGUUUUUAAUUGAGAAGUUUAAGAGACUUUAAUUUUGCAACCGCAGAUGUCAUUCUCCAUCAUAUUCCUCAAUGAGAGUCACAUCCUACUUGCUUUUAGAUCCCCUGCUCCAACGUUUGUUAGCUGCAUUGUCUUCUGAUGAAGCCCUUAAGCUCUACUUUGUUAUAUUUCCUAGCUCCCUUUGUAAACAUUUGCAUUCCUAUUUUAAGAAAAAUUAGUAGGAAGAACUGUAGUUCACCCAGGUAUUAGCAUUGAGGAUAAGCCUCAAAAUUAAGAAUGAGGCCAAUGACUGAAUGUUGUCUUUCCCAUGGGUUACCCUAACUUUAGGAAAAAGGAAUAUGAUAGAGGGAUAAAUAGGGAAGGGGAAAGGAUGAUCAAAAACCCAGGGAGUUUAGAAACUGAACUAUAACCUUUGGCUAAUGAUACAGAGUGCAUGAGAGGAGUAGUUGGGCAUGAGGGUGGUAGUUUGGCGUUUUCUUUAGAUAAGAUGGUUUAUGUGAAGAAACUAUAAGAAAGCUUGAUCAAAAGAUGAAAAAAAUCAUAAAUCUUUUAUCUGAGCUUCUGGGAUGAGGCUCAUAGCUCUUGAAGACCAGAACUGUUUGUCAGUAUGUGGGGACAGCUGUUUAUCUGUGUUCACCAAACGGCGAAUAGAAGUCAUUUUUGGUGUUAUGUAGGAUGGACGUGUGAAUAGUAUUCUGGCAUCAGGCAGCACAAAGCAAAGCUUGUGUCCUGCCAUUUUAGAGGUGAUUUCGGUCCAGUCUCAGGGUCUGUGGACAAUAAUGGGAAACUGAAUGUUACUGACAAGUUCCUGCAUUGAGUCAGUUCUUUACCUCUCAGAUAUUCCUAGACUAUCUAUGAUGUUAAAAUAUUUACUUCUUUUUAAUUAUUCCUGGUUAACAUUGUAUAAGUGCUUUCCUGACUUCCUCACCACCUCCUCUGUUUGAGUUGUGCUACAGUGAAUUAAAUAUACUUUCCAAAAAGAA